AUGGCUGUAAUGUUGAUUAAUGAAUAGUGUUUCCUUAUUUUGUAUGGGUUGAACUUUAAUAGCUUUAAAACAAGGACUAAAAUGGAGGCCUUUAAAAAUUUAACACAAAACAAAGUCAUCAAAAAUUUUUGUCGAUAAUUCUAAUUUCUAGAUUUCUGCAUGAGUGCUUUUAAAAUCCCGUGAUGUACUGUUCCACAAGUAAACCCAAUUAUGGAUUUAACCGCUUGCACGAAUUGGUUUUGUGCCAAAAAGAACGAAAAAGUUCCAAAUGCGACAACAGACUGUCAGACUGUUGUAACCUCAGGACCUGGACCAAGCCCUGGAAGUUCAAAUUCUUGUGACGAUGUUAUUCCACCCCAAAAGAACUGUUUCAGAUUAGUAAUGCUGGGAUCAGCUAGAGUAGGUAAAACUUGUUUAGUGUCCAGAUUUUUGGGCGGUAAAUUUCAUGAAAGUUAUACACCAACUAUCGAAGAUUUUCAUAGAAAACUGUAUAGAAUUAGAGGAGAGAUCUAUCAGUUAGACAUUUUAGACACCUCUGGUAACCAUCCAUUUCCUGCGAUGCGGAGACUGUCCUUUUUAACGGGAGAUUUAUUUGUCAUCGUGUUCAGCAUGGACAGCCGGGAAACGUUUGAAGAAGCAAUAAGAUUACGAGAACAGAUAUUAGAAACGAAAAUUAAUGCUGGAGCGUCGUCGAAUAGCGGCGGUUUGACGAGAAAAAAAACUUUGCCACGAGUGCCAAUGAUCCUGGCAGGAAAUAAAUGCGAUAAGGAAAUGAAGACGGUGACUGCAGAGGAAGCUCAAUUAUACUGUGACACUCAAGAUUCAGGCUGUGCCUUUGUAGAAACAUCAGCCAAGAAAAAUGUUAAAGUAGAUGAAGUUUUUUAUCAAUUAUUUGUGGUGGCUAAUCUGCCUCAAGAAAUGGCACCCAACCAUCACAAAAGAGUCAGUGCCAAUUUUGGGGCUCCUUGUCCUCUGCCUCCUUCGGGACCUUCUCAUCACUCAAAGAAAUAUACGCUUUCCGUGAAAAGGAGGUUAAGCGACGCGUGUGGCGUCGUUACGCCUAACGUGAGACGACCUAGUAUUAGGACAGACCUCAUGAUUAUGAGGACAAAAACUUGUAGUGUAGGGGACACCAACUCGAACCCCAGUAACUCACCCCUCAGCUGGAGGCGAAUUGAAAGUAAUUGCUCCAUGCAAUAGUUUUAACGCAGCUUUUGAAAAAAAAAAAUGUACUGAUAGUUUCAGGCAUACAACGUAAUGUUUAGCAAUAAAAAGCUGGGAUUUGUUACUUUGACAUUUAUUUUCAUGUUCAACAUAAGUUUAUUCAAUCGACUAUGAAUAACAGCUAGUUUCAAAAUAAUUGCAAUUUUGCACUACCCGUGUCACUUAACUUUAAAAUGAAUAGUAGAAAUAGGAAUCAAUGUUUUAACAUAAGUAAUAAGAGAAAAGUGGUCUAGAAAAGCGACAUCUAGCUAAAUUUUGUGACGUUUGUUUCUUCUAAGUUGAUCAUUUCAUUAUUUAAAUGUCGGGUGAUGUUAAGCUAGACCACUUUUUCUUUAUAGUCCUUACCUUUUAUAAUAAUUUUAAUCAUUUUGAUGACAAUGUGUCAUUUAUUUACUAAGAACUGGAGUUUAACCAGCUUUUUCUAAUCUCAUUUACAAAUAACGGCUAUAAAUGUCGAAUAUUCCUUUUUGAUAGUUGUAUUCGAAUACUUUAGAAUCAUUUAUAAGAAAUAAUUUACUUAUAAAGUUGUAAGACAUUGAAUCAGAAAUACCUACCUCUGUCUAAAUAUCUACUAUAUUUGUUCUUCCUGUGUCUCCUGUCUACCUCUAUGUUUCUUUCUCUCUUGUACUCCUACCUCUCUCAAAAAUUUAAAAUAGAUUACCUACAAUUUAGUUUAAGUAAAAAUCUUGUUAUGACUGUAAAAUUAUUAUAAAAUUAGUUUUUUUAAAUGUGCGUAUUGCCUAACCUAUUGCCAAAAUACGAUUCAUAGCUACAUAAAUAUAGCGUUAAAAUUUAAUUUUUGGAUGCUACCUAAUUAGUACUUACAGACCGAUUUUUAAUCUCUAGAAUAGAUAUUUAUUAGUUUAUCUGAUAUUUUAUUUUAUCAUUGUUUAGCCUCAGAAGUUAUCAUCACAACUUAUUAAGUUCUUUAAAAUACUUGAAAAAAUUUAGAUUUAAAUUAUUUAAAUUUUGCAACGUUGCCAUAUUCUUUUCAGACAUUAUAUCUUAAAGUACAACUAGCAACGUUGCAUGUGUUGUUGGAAGAAGCGGUGCAGUGGUGUCAAUACUGCAAGGUUAUAUUAUAUUAGAAAUCAAAAAUGUCAAUUUUGGCCCUUUACAAGUUUUCAAACUAACGCGAUUAUAGGUCUAAGGUGGCAAAUUGACAACGACAUUUUAGUAUAUAGUUCAUCCUACUGUACCUACAAAAUUUACAUUUAUUUGUUAAUGGUAUAUUGUUACAUUUGAAAAUUUGUCAAAAUUGGCUCAAACUAUUAUUAGUUGUAAUUUUGUUACAGGGUAGCUUUGCUUGCCUCCGUCAAAAUUAACACAUAAUACUAAAAAUAAAAUUAUACAUUAUUAUUACUAAAUGCACGAAAUGUUAAAUAACAAAUUUCGCUUACUUCGAGAUAACAAUUUUAGAGUAAAUCAAAACUACGUUUGGCUGUUAUGCUCAUCCCAUAUUAAUAAAGAUGACAUUUAAAUGUCGCUGAAAUAUUCAGAAUUCGUGAGAGAUUUUUUCUUUAGAUUCUAAAGAAAUUUGUGCCACAAAGGAAUAUACGGUUUGUGAAUAAAUAAAGUGAUCAUUCAUUCAGCUUUGGGACGGACUGGUUAUGAAACCAUUAUAUCGCAUUGUUCAAAUAAAAACAAUUUUAUAUUUUUAAGAAAGAUAUUUAAUGAUAUGUUCGAAAAAAUCAUCUACUUAAAUAAUACCAAAUUUUUAAGCAAAUUAUAAAAACAAAGCUCAUAACAACCUGGUACUAUUAUGAAAUUAAAUUUUACCCAAAUAAGAGACGGGACCGAACUGUAUCACCAGCUUAAAUCUUUUAGAAACUAAUGUAAUAAAUGUGAUAAUAACUUAUUUAAAUAUUUUACAUUAAACUGUUUUUUUUUUUUUAUUUUUAAUGCUAGAUUAGUAGUGUGGAAAUACCAAAAGAAGGUCUACUUUUAAUGUUGUAGUUAUUAAUGUUGUUUAAGUGAAAAUAGUAUAAGGAAAAGCUCCUUGUCUACAGCAAUUCCAAUAAUUAUUAUUAAUUAAUAAUUCGUCGAGCCUUUCCUACUUCUUAGGUUUAUUAAUUUACAUACCUAUAUUAUCUUCUCAACUGUGAUUUUGGUUAAAUCCAAGUUAAAUAUAUUUAAUAUUAUUAUUGUACAUUGUACUAUUGUACCAACGAUUUCUAAAACAAUCCAGCCAUGUGAUAAAUCUUGUCAGUAAAAACGAUAGAGUAUUGAUUGGUUUAGAAAUCCAAAAGAAUGAUUAAUUAUAACAGCACCAAACUCGUGUAGUUGUAACUUGUAGCAGCAGUUUAGAAGAUUUAGUAAAGACCUCGCUUAAUUUAUUAUGAUCCGUGUAAAAUGUAUUGAUCUCGAUAAAACUUAUAGCAAUAGGUAGAUAUUCUUUUUGUGUUGUUGGUGUGUAUGUGAAUUUUAGAAUAGAUUAGAGUAAAAUGGCCACAUAAUAUUAAUGUUACGAAGAUUUUAUUUAUGAGCUAUUUUGUAAUUGUGUACUUUGUCUACGACGGGGCUCAAGAGUCAAGAGUUUCCACAUUUGGAAUUGACUGUAUAUCGUUUUAUGUAUUCUGCUUUAUUAAUUUCAUUUUUAUAAUGAAGGAUGUACAGGCAAGACGAGAUUUUUUGAACAACCGUCAACCUUGUAUUCCCUGUCGUGCUUACCUACAAAGUAAGUGUUAUUAAAUACAUAUGAUUCAAAAAUCGAAAUUAAAAGAAAAUUUUUUGUUAAUAUAUUAUACCGUGUGACAAGAUGGUCGAUAUUACUGUAUUCCUUGUUGUAUUUGUCCUUUUACAAACUUAAACUAGUAGGUAUAUAAUGCACAUAUCAGUAUAGAUUUUUGCUAAACAUAGUGGAUCAAAUUCACAGACAAAUAGUCAUUGACGUAUGGUGAAGUUAACAUCGUCUAUUUAUAAGUUUGUAUGGUCAGAUAUGCAUACGUGUACUAAAUUACAUAUUUUUCAUAAUUUUUCACUAAGAGUGGUUACCAGUAUCACAAUGAGUUAAAAUAUUAUCAAACUGAAUUUAAAUUCAAAAUUCGUAAAUUUUAAUACAAUGUAUAAAGGUUUGAUAUGUAUGUGACCUUGAAGCGAACUUCCGUUGUCAAAAUGAUACUACCGUAUGAUCAAGAUACAUUUCGUGUUAUUGACCCUUUUCCUGUAAGAUCGUAAAACUUCCAUAGUGACUUUCCGUGCGCACGCAUCUUCAAAACCACGUAUCCGGCACUCCGGCAGCAGAGCAAAGGCCUGUGACAACAAACCGCUUUGACAGAAUGCAACCAGCUACACAUGCGUAAUCUAUCGCUCAUUGGUUAAUUUUAACUUGG